AUGGUCGAGCUCGAGCCAAAGGUCAAGGGAAUACUUGUGAGUAGUGUAUUCAUAAGAAGCUGUGGCGCGAGGUCUGAAGCAGCUAGCAGAGUCCUCGUUUUACUUUCGCGCCUCUCUUUAUAUCUCCCUUCCUCCUGCACAUCGCUCCACCUCCACGCACACUACUAUCUUUGGCUUUGGCUCCAGCUCCACCUCCUUCCUCCUGCUGAGUGCUAUUUUUCUCCGCGCACAGCCCACAUCAACCCGCUACGCCUUGGGUCACCUCGGCGCCUUGGAGGCAGGGGGAGUUCACAGAGCCCCAGGAUGGACUCCGCCAUUGGCGCGGCCAAGUGGGUGCUGGGCAAGGCGCUGGCCCCCGUCACGGAUGGCUUGCUGGAGUCUUGGGCGGCUAGUGCCCAGCUUGACCGCAACAUCAACGCCCUCAAGAUGGAGCUGCUGUAUGCGCACGGGAUGCUCGAGAACGCGCAGGGCAGGGGAAUCCAUGGCGUCGCGCUCAAGGAGCUCCUGCGCCAGCUGGAGCAGCUGGCGUACGGGGCUGAUGAUGUGCUGGAUGAGCUGGAGUACUUCCGCAUCCAGGACGCCCUUAAAGGGACCUUCCAUGCCGCCAACGUCAACGCCGUAGGUUCCGUCCAAGGCCUCCGCAUCAAUGUUGAGCACACGGCGAGACAUGUCGCCAGCAAACUCAAGUGCCUCCCGUGCUUCGGUGCUGUUAGCCGUGGUGGUGACCAAGAAAAUGAUGGCUCUCGCCUACACCUGUGUGUCAGGCGGGGCAUCAGCUCCUCGCCACCGACGCCCGCCAGCAAGGGGGUUGUCAAGAAGGUUGAUGGCAGAUGCAUGCCCAAGGUCAUCUCAAGUGCUCGCAACACUGCCCACACUUUCGGUAAACACUUUCCUUGCUACUCUCCCAUAUCUGUCCACGGUGAUGAUGCUCUAGAAACACCAGAAGUGAUGUUUGAUAGGGUACAAAUGUCUACAACAAUGAUGGACAUGGUAGUGCAGCUGAAGGAAGUAUGUGCUAAGGUCUCCAUAAUUCUUAAUCUAGAUUUGUUCGGCUCCAGCCGCAGCCAUACCCAAGAAAUUGCUAUAAACAGAUCCAAAACCACAUCAGAGAUUACAGAACCUAAGUUAUAUGGGAGGGAUGACCAGAAAAAGAAAAUUAUAGAGGGCAUUGUUAGUGGCGACUACUGUCCCGAUCAACUUAACGUUCUUCCAUUUUUUGGACCGGGGGGUAUUGGAAAAACAACUUUUACACAACACAUAUGCCAAGAAGUGAAUAGCCAUUUCCAAGCUUCAAUUUGGAUAUGUGUCUCUCUUGACUUCAGUGCAGAUAGAUUGGCACAAGAGAUAGUCAACAAAAUCGGUGGUGAGGAGGGGAAGACUAGUGCUGAAGAACUUAUCCCACAAAGAUUAAAAGCUAAGAGAUUCUUACUUGUGUUGGAUGAUGUGUGGACAUAUCGAGAGGAUGAGUGGGAUAAACUAAUAGCAAUUUUAAGGAAGGUAGAGUCCAAGGGUAAUUUGAUUAUAGUCACAACUCGAAUACCAAAGGUAGCACAGAUGGUUAGGACAACCAAUUGUGAACUAAAAUUGGAAAGACUAGAUGAUGCAAGUACCAUGCGUUUCUUCAAAGCAUGUGUAUUUGGUAACAAGCAACAACCAUGGAAAGAACAUCCUGAAUUAUCUGAAACUGGUCACGAAGUAGUGCGCCAUUUGAAAGGUUCCCCCCUUGCAACUAAAACCGUGGGUAGAUUACUUAGAAACCAACUUACUUUGGAGCAUUGGAGAAAAGUUCUACAAAGCAAAGAAUGGGAACUACAAACCGGUGAGAAUGACAUCAUGCCAGCCCUCAAACUUAGCUAUGAUUAUCUUCCUUUCCAUCUAAAACAAUUGUUUGUAUAUUGUGCUUUGUUUCCUGAAGAUUAUGAAUUUGAUAGCAAGGAGUUAGUUCAACUGUGGAUAGGACUAGGUAUUUUGUAUCCUUGUGAUCAGAAUAGAAGGAUUGAAGAUGUUGGACUAGACCAUCUGCGUGAGUUGGUCAAUUAUGGAUUUUUCAAGAAAGACAAAAAAAAAAAAGAUGGUCGUUAUUUUUAUGUUAUCCAUGAUCUAUUUCAUGAAUUGGCCACCAAGGUUUCGUCAUAUGAAUGUGUUAGUAUAUGUAGUUCUAAUGUCAGGUCCGUACACAUCUCCCCAUCUGUACGUCAUUUAUCCAUAAUUGUAAAUUUUAAAGAUGUCAAUGAUAGGAUGACUUUAGACGAGUAUAAGAAGGAUUUGAAAGCAUUAAGUAAAAGAUUAAAAGUUGAAAACCUACGUACUCUGAUGCUGUUUGGACGAUACCAUGGAAGCUUCGCCAAGACCUUUGGUGAUCUGUUUAGAAAAGCUAAAUCCCUUCGCACUAUUUUUCUGUCUGGAGCAUCAUACCCUACGGAGAAUAUUCUACAUAACUUUUCAGAAACUAUCCAUCUUCGUUACCUAAGGAUCGAGCCAAGAGAUUGGAGAUGCAACAUCGAAUUACCAAGUACGUUGUUCAGAUUUUAUCAUUUAGAGAUAAUAAAUAUAGAAAAAUGGAAUGGUCCUGUUUCAAUAAGACAAAUCACUAGCCUUGUAAAGUUGCGCCAUUUUCUUGUGCCAGAAAAUAUGCCUCAAGUUCAUUCUGACAUAUCUGAGGUGGGAAAACUUAAAUUGCUCUCACAAUUAAGAAGAUUUGAAGUUGGAAAAGAAAUUAAUGGUUUCGAACUAAGUCAGCUAGAGCAAUUAACAGAGCUUGGAGGGUCACUUAGCAUUUAUAACCUUGAAAAGGUGAAAGAAAAAGGGGCACAGGGAAAGGAAAUAAGACCAAUACACAGAAACUACUUAAGUGAACUAACAUUAGAAUGGGGUGUGAACCGAUCUAACAAGUUUCCCACAAGAGAAGAAAAUGUUCUUGAGAACCUUAUACCACAUAGUGAGCUUCGAGAUCUGUGCAUUAGAGGGCACGGAGGCACUAGUUGCCCAACAUGGCUAGGUGAGAACAUCUUUGUCAAAAAUUUGGAAUCCCUCCACUUGGAUGAUGUGUCUUGGAAAACUUUUCCACCAUUAGGAGAGUUCUGGUCGGUUGAUAAGCCCCGUGAUGAGUGCAAAAGUUGCAGCAUCUCAAGCCCAAGCUUUCAAAACAAUAUUCAUGAAAAAAAAGGCUUUAAUAACUUGAAAAGGCUAGUGUUUGUUAAUAUACCAAAACUGACAAAGUGGGCUGGAAAUCAAACUUGUGGGCUCUUCUCCCGCCUGGAAGUACUCAUUAUUGAAGACUGCCCUGAACUUAUAGAGUUGCCGUUUUCAUGUUCUGCUUGCUCUCAACCAGAGCAAGAAGGUGGGAACAUGACUUGCUUCCCUAAACUACGGGAGCUCAAGAUUGUAAGAUGCCCAAACCUGAGGACAAUGCCUCCUAUCCCUUGGACCCAUGAUCCAUGCUCCAUUGAGAUAGCACAAACAGGCACAAAAUUUGUGAACCUCACUUACGCGGAAAGAAAAUAUGGAAAACCAGGAUUAUGUUUGGAAAUUUGGGCUGCGGAUGGUACAGAUAGCUUGUUUUGGAGUGAGUUUGAUUUCUUUAAUUUGAGUCAUCUAAAAGAGUUGACUAUAACCAAUUGCCCUCCUUUGCCGUUGGAUAAAAUCCAAAUGCUAACAUCUCUGCAGCACCUCAAUAUAAGGGGUUGUUCAAGUAUUGUCAUGUCGCCAAUCAGAGGCGAGAGCCAUGUCCUGUACCAGGUUCCAGUUGAAGAACUCAGCAUUUCUCAAAGUGGUGCUAGCGGGAAAGAACUGACUCAACUGCUCUGUCAUUUCCCGAAGCUCACCGGCCUGCAUAUAGUUUUUUGCGAAAAGAUAACAGAACUUGGUGUGUCGGAGCAGCAGAGUGGAGCACAGCAGCAACAGACCGCAGAAGGAGGACUGCUGCUCUUGCCUACCCAACUACAGAAGUUGAUCCUCCAACAUUGCCGUCAGCUGAGAAUACUCCCCAAUUCAGGGGGCGACAACAACGAGGCAGCAGGAGGUCUCCAGCGUCUACACUCCCUCCGUGAAGUGAGCUCAGAGAAUUGCCCCAAUUUGCUUUCCUCCUAUUCAGGCUCCUCCUCUUGUUUCCCUUUCCCGGCAUUCCUUCAAAAACUCAAACUGUCCAACCUGGAAGAACUCCAUCUGGCCCUCACAAACCUGGCCAACCUGGAUGAACUCCAUCUUAGCGACAUGAAGGACCUCACAAACCUAAGCAUCCGGAGUUCCCCAAAACUACAUACCCUGAACAUACAAAACUCCUCCGGAGUUCUUUCGGUGUCCAUCUGCAACCUCCUCUCUACAUCCCUCACCACAUUGGUCAUUGAGGGCAGCAGAGAGGUGGAGCCCAUCCCAGGAGAGGCCCUCCUGCUUCUCACCUCCCUCCAAGUUCUCGAAUUUCUUUCCUGCGACAAAUUGCAAUCCCUCCCUGCAGGUCUACAUACACUCUCCUACAUUAACUACUUAUGUAUCUAUGGAUGCCCAUCCCUCCAGUCGCUGCCCAAGGAAGGCCUCCCGAGAUCUUUGCAAAGAUUAAGAAUCCUCGGAUGUUCCAUGAAAUCACUGCCCAAGGACAGCCUCCCGAGUACUCUGAAGCAAUUACUGAUCUCCAGCUGUUCUGAGCUCGAAUUACUUCCCACUUUUUCCGAUGGCGCUUCUCUGCAGAAAUUAGAGAUCUGGAAUUGUCCUGCCAUCAAAUCGGUGCCCAAGGAUGCCCUCCCGAGUUCUCUGCAGGAAUUAGUGAUCAGGAUGUGUCCUGGCAUCAAAUCCUUUCCCGAGGACAGGCUCCAAAAAUUCCUGCGAGUACUAGAUGUUAGUGAUGACAAUAGUGAGGAGCUUAAAAGGCAGUGCCGCAGGUUAACAGGGACAAUUCCAAUAAUCAGAGCCUGA